AGAAGGCCUAGCUUUCUCCGAGUUGUUUUUCUUUUUCACUGCGUAGGUCAUGACCUUUCCCAGUGCGUGAAUUCAAUCGGGCACCAUGACUAGGUUGAUGUUACUUGUGCUUUUGGUUCAAUUAUGGGUGCAUACUUCUGCCCAUAGUAAUGAACCUCCACACUAUAAGUAUUCAAGAGAAGCUAAUGUUGAGCAUAAAGCUCAUAUCAUCCAAGAAACACGAAAAGAGUCUCCUGAGCAACUGUGGAUUGAAGUUACUGCAGCUAUAUUACUCAUCAGUGUUGCUCCGUUUGUUAUUUUAUGCCUGAUACCGGAUCUAAACAAACAUCGUGGAUUUCUUAAGAUUCUCCUCGCAUUUGCGGCUGGUGGUUUACUGGGAGAUGCAUUUCUUCACUUAAUUCCUCAUGCCCUUGAUAGUGGAUAUUCUAACCAUGAACACAAACACGACGAGAAACAUGCUCACGAACACAGUCAUGGACAUCAGCAUGCACAUGAACACAGUCAUAGUCAUGAACAUGCACAUGAUCAUAAGCGACAUUCGGCUGUUGGACUUUAUGUUGUUGGUGGGAUUUUCGCAUUUUUGUGCGUCGAAAAAUGUAUCCGGCUUUUUAGAAAUGAUCACGGUGGUGGACAUAGCCACCAAAUUACACCAAAUGCUAAUGGAGAUAAUAAAGGGAAAAACAAGAAGAAAGGUUCAAGUGAAGAUUUAAAAAGUGGGAGCAAGGUUAAACCUUCUGAUUUCAAAGUUGCUGGAUAUCUAAAUCUGGCGGCGGAUUUUACACACAAUUUUACGGAUGGUUUAGCCAUUGGUGGAUCCUUCCUGGUUAGUAGGAAUGUUGGAUUCCUAACCACUUUCACAGUAUUGCUACAUGAACUUCCACAUGAGAUUGGAGACUACGCAAUCUUAAUACAGUCAGGAUUUUCUUCACGUAAGGCUAUGCUUCUACAGCUCGUUACUGCGUUCGGUGCACUUUUAGGCGCAUAUCUUAGCCUAAUUGCUGCUCGUGUUGGAUUCGGUCCUGUUAUUCCUAAUACUGACAUGUUGCCAGAAAUAACGGAUGAUAUUGUUAUUGGCCGCAUUUUACCGUUUACCGCAGGUGGCUUUAUCUAUAUUGCUAUGACGUCUGUGCUACCUGACCUACUCGCGGCCAAUAGUGGCAGUAAUAAUGCGACGAAAGCAUCAAGUGGUGGAUUCAAACUGUUCAUUCAGAGUCUUCUUGAAAUAGUGUCUUUAAUCGCCGGAGUUGCAAUGAUGGCUGCCAUCGGAACUUUAGAAUAGUACAAUCAAAAAACAACCAAGAUGACAAGACAGAUGUGGCUUGAUCAUACUUCCUAUGUUUGCGCACUGGUAAUUUCCACUGCAUUCUAGUCCUCUCAUUUUAUAUCUUUGCGUUUGUUUAUAUAUUGUCCGCCUUUCGGUUGAGAAAUGAAUUCACAAGGCAUUUUUCUUAGAAAUCAGAAUGUUUAUUAUUAUUUGAUAAAACCCUAAUACUAUUUCUCUUUUACUUCUUUGUUCUUUUCAUCAUUUUCUGAUAUUUCAAAUCUUGUUUUUUGAAGAUGCAUUGUAUUUCAGUGUGUGUGAUUUGAUUGUUGCAGUAACACUUUUGAAUGUUGAUCCUAUGGCAACUGCUCUACGGGACUGAUAUACUUGUAUUUUUGACUUAUUUAUCUUUGUGUCAACACGUAAAUCGGAGGUCAAUAAUCUUCUGUUUCUACCCUUUUCACAUUAACAUGAAUUCAAUUUGUUUUGUCUUUGUUGUUCUCUCAUCUCAUAAAUGAUAGAACUUGUGUUUCAACCAAAGAAAUCACAUUUUCUUUUUAUAACUAGUUGAUGUGAGGAUAUAUAUAUAUAUCGUGAAAGUUUAUUACUUGACCAUAUUUGUACAUCGAUCAUCUUAUAAUUUUUUGUUGGCUUUUUUAAAAUUCAUGAUUAGUGUCUGAAGUUUUAUUUGUUUGUGUUUUCCUCUUAGUCUUUAGUAUAUUUGGUUGGUAUUUAUUUCAAUAAAGUAAUUUUGUCUAUUAA